AUGCUUGUGCAGCAUUAUAACGCAUCCGAAAUAAGCUGCUGUGUGAAGUAUACAAUUUUUGGGUUCAAUGUUUUGUUCUGGAUAAUUGGCUUCGCACUGCUCGCUGUCGGCGUCUGGGCGCACUUCGAGAAGAACAGUGCCUACUCGCAUCUGAACAAAGCUUCCAAGUUUUAUCUCGAUCCGGCAAUUUUUCUGAUCUUUGCUGGCAAGUCGCAAUUUUCCUUUCCUUAUUUUGGGCUUAAUGGAGCAUCACGCUUUGAAAAAACGAACUUGCAAGGCGGUCUCAUAUUUCUCAUCGGUUUUAGUGGUUGUGUUGGUGCAUUAAGAGAGAACACCUGUUUCUUGGCGCUGUAUUCCACAAUAAUUGGUCUUCUGUUGCUUGCCGAAAUGGCCUUGGUUGUCUUGGUAUUCGCAUCGAAAGACUGGAUAACCCAGGAGUUUUUCACAAGGCUUGACGACACGGUACUCUCUUUUUUGUGAAC